AAAACUUAAUUAAAAUACAGAUAGAGAAACGGAGAUGGAAGAAAGAAGUGUAAGCAAAACCUGUAAUUAUCUGUACCUGAGGGGACCUAAUGGACGCUCACACCUGUUCACCUGUCCUAUUAACCUAACUUAUUCUAUCCACUUGUCCUAUUUAAUCCACUUGUAUCAUUUUCUUGACCUAUGCACCUGUUCUAUCCUUCUGUUCUGUUCUGUUCACCUGUCCUAUCCACCUGUCCUGUCCACCUGUUCCACCCACCUGUGCUAUUCUGUUCACCUGUCCACUCAUUCACCUUUAUGAGUAGCGGGGCCUCUUCUUCGGUGGCUCCUCAUCAUCAUCUUCUGAGCGCACUAUGAUGACGCUGUCCUCUUCCCUACAUAGCCUCAGGUUCAGGCUAAAGGGGAUUGAGAACAGUUUUAAAGGAGUCGAGUCUGAGGUUAAGUGAAUCGAGUCAGAGUCAAAGGACACCGAAUCCGAAUUUAAGGGAGUCGAGUUUGCGUUUAAGGGGGACGAGUCCGAGUUAGAGGGAAUCGAAUCCGAAUUUUGAGGAAUCGAAUCCGAAUUUUGGGGAACUGAAUCCGAAGUUAAAGGAAUCGAGUCUUCAUGUGAGGGAGUCCGAUCGCCCAUCACGCCGCUGGACGAGGAAAGGAGACUGAUCCACCAGGCCACUCCAUUGGGCGGCCACUUCACUGCGUUACUCCACUGCCCCACCAGCGCCUGCACGCCCUCGGAGGAGACGUACCAGACCCGCGUAGGUCGCCACUCGGCCCAAAGACAAAGACAACAUCAACAUUGACCUUACUAUCAUUCCCGCAUUACAUUACACAACAUUAAAUAUGCGCUGAGUCAGUGAACAAAGAUGGCAGUGAGGGGGGGCAACACCGUGUUCAUUGAUGCCUCGGCACUUGGGGAGCUGACGAGCCAGCUGACGUCCCAAGACCUAGAGAGUCUGGUGGGCUUCAACAUCCAGCCGGCAGACUUGGAGGCUCUGCAGGAGGCAACUGAGGGUCAUGUGGUGGACACUCCUGGAGUGCUCAUCUCUGAUGGGGUGACAGUGGGCAACAUUGUGGAGGUGGAGGGUGGAGAGAGUGGAGUGCUGGAAGAGUCUCAGCAGCUGGACUCCCAUGCUUACCACCAGCCAAUGGAAGUGGACACCCUCACUGACCAUGACCAGAUCAUUGGUGAAAUGGACAUGCUGCAGCAGGGUGGUGAGCUGAUUGGCAUGGCAGGAGAGAUGUCCACAGGCGGUGAGGCUGCCACCACCUCGGCUCUGCUGGCUUCUGUGUCUUCGGGUGACUCCUCUUCCUCCCAGAUAGUUUCAGAGACGCCACAGCUCAUAAAGAGCAGCUUGGGCCAGUUUGUAGUUCUGCAGCAGAACCAGCAGAAUAACAUCUCUAUUGGUUCUAUGGCCAACCGAAUCAUCACAUCGGGCGGCCAGGUGGUGAGCACAGUGUCGGGCCCUAGCAGCAGCAACAACAGCAAGCCGGUGGUGGUGAACACAUCUCAGCUCAGUGGGGGAGUGAGGCAGCAGAUGGUGGUCACCUCGCAGGCCCACCCAGUGCAGACGGAGCAUCAAACCAGAUUCCUCCAGGAACCAUCAUCCCACACACCACAAAGCCACAGCCUUCUCGCACAAUCAUUGAUGCAAAUGGGAUCAGACCAAGAAAACCUUGCAACUGUACAAAGAGCCAGUGUCUUAAAUUAUACUGUGAUUGCUUUGCAAAUGGAGAAUUUUGCAACAACUGUAAUUGUGCAAACUGUUUCAACAAUUUAAAUCAUGAGGAGGAUAGACAGAAAGCAAUCAAGGCAUGUUUGGAUAGAAAUCCCCAAGCUUUCCGGCCAAAGAUUGGCAAAGGUGGAAGCGAUAAUGAAAGGAGACACAACAAAGGCUGCAACUGUAAGUGGUCUGGGUGCCUGAAGAACUACUGUGAAUGUUAUGAGGCCAAGAUCCCAUGCUCCAACAUGUGCAAGUGUGUGGGCUGCAAGAAUGUGGACAUGACACCAGCACCGGAGAGGAAGGGACUGAUGCAGCUGGCCGAAUGUGCUGAAGCACGGGUCAAUCAGCAGAAGGCCGUUAAAUCAAAAUUACCUUCAUUCUCACAUCACUCACCCAAUAAAAUGAUUCUUCCUACCA